AUGUGCACACGGCACAGCGCACAGGGCCCCCUCGCCUGGUUUAGCCCGCCGGGCGAGACGGUUGCUCGGGGUGUGGCCGCUGAGCAGAGCCCAGGUACUUGGAGCCACAGGUGAGAGUUGGAUGCUAGCAAAUGGAAGCUAGGCGUAGUCUCACUUGCAAGCAAGUGAGCAGCCGCUACGACCACGUGAACCCACCACUGACACCCCCUACACUCUACAUAGUCUGUGCUAGCAUAUAUCGCUCAGACAUUUGAUUUUACUCAGCAUUGCUCAUUUUCCGCGCUGCUAUCAAACAUGCAACUGCAAAUAAACCAGUGCUCCUAUAAUAAUUUAUGCUCGUAUAAAAUUUUAAAUACUUUAAAUUACGUCUCUUCACAAGGAGGGAUUCAGUCACGCAGAUACCGUAUGUGAACAUAUCGGUAUUUGACUAUCUGUGCAUACUAAACGCGCACAAACCUUGCGUAUGCUAUUUGUUUUCCUUAUUUCUCUUAUGUCCCGAUCCUUUUUAAGCAGGAAUUAAUGCAUUCAGGUAGUCCGCAAACUCGCUUAAGAACAAUAUGUCCCACCAUAAUUUAUCUGUCUAGGAUGUCAAGAAGUCAUUAUCUUUACGGUAAUACGGCCACUGAUUUGCCUCCUGCAGUUCACUGAAAUAACAACGAACACCUGCAUUAUCUUUGGCACGACCGUGAACCUGCAUUGGGACUGCCAUGCAAACAGUGCAGACACUGACAGCAGAACUGUCGAUUUCAAAGGCACGCUUUGUCAUUGCUGUGUGACCUUACCGAGGGACACAGAACAGUCCUACGGCUUACUGGCCCUAAGAUUCCUAAUUGGCCUCACCCAGACUGGUGUUGUUGACAGUAACACGUGCCGGUCACAGCGUGAGACGGCGUGGGACUCAACUUAUCGCGAAUACCACCCUCUGCACUCAUUUCUCUCCCCCCCUUCAUGGCGUGACUACAAAAACCGCUCAUUUGAUGUUGCCUUCUCACAGUCUCUGACGAUGGCCUCCUGGACGAGACCGAAAACUCAGACUAACAAACCUACUGUCCCAGAGAUCGGGUCUGCAUCUUCUUUAUAAAAUAAAUUUCUCUAAAUUGGAGAGAAAUAUAACACUUACCUUAUUUAUUUCCUAAAAAUGCUUACGGUAAUGAUUUUGAGCACCGAUACAGAGAUAACUAGACACAAAUGUAUAGGAGUAUGUAGUUCCAAUCCGACGUCCAAACCAAGUAACCGUUGACAUCUGCAUUUCGUAAAGUAUGCGUUAGAACUGGCUUAGCGACGCCUGAACAUGUGCAAAACGGAAACAACGCACAUUCUGCGGGCUGCAUUACGCACCUAGCAUUUACAUUCCAAUACUCUGAUUGUAGUUUGCAUAAGAACUUCUUCAUCUACACACGCCUACAGCGGGCUUCACUGUCUUUCUGCCGCCUAAUCGGACUGAUGACGUGUGUCUGACUGUGUUGGACGAUUAUUUACACUGCAUUAUUAGUCGUCACCUAACUGGAGGCUGGUUUAUGCUCAUACGAUAUUAUUUUGUCUAGUGAUGCGUCUGUUUUCCACCAGGUGGAUUCGUUGUCGGUCAGCGACUGGUUUAUUUCCUUCCGUCUAUUGCGCUCACUCUGAUGCGGCUUUUGUGUAGGCAAUGAAGCAGGCGUUAUAAGCCAGUAGGAAAUCAAUAUAGCCGUUGAUGAAACUUGCAACAUAAACUCAUGUAUCAAACGUGAAUGCCUCUGACGUUGAUCUGCAUUGCUCACCACAGUAGUUUUUAAAGUUAGGCAGUAGAAAUGGACCACUGUUAACAAAAAGACGGUAUUUCAAUUACCUGCCAUGAGACGAUUAUCAUCCACGAGAAUCACUGAAUUUAAAAUACUCCAGUCUUCGUAUCUGUGGCUAAUUUGACUAGUCAAUUUGCUGGAGGAUUUAAAAAUAAUCAUCAGAAAUCCAUGAUUUUAAACAGCAGUCAUUAUAUCACAUGGUAGAAAUUCCAGUGGGUCAAACUUAACGCAGCAGAUGUUAGACCGAUGAAAUACCUUCAUCGGGGCGUAUUUCACCAGUGUUUGAUCACCCGGCAAUUGCUCGACGUAGAGCACGUGUGUUCUUAUAAGGAUAGGCACGCGAGGAUCUGUUGAUUUCCGAAACCCAAACGCUGUGAACAAUACGGCAGCAGUCAUUAAAAGGCGACCAAAUGCUAUACAUCCUUUCGUACAAAUAGCCAUUAAACGUAGCAUAAACCAGAAGGAGCUGCCCUCCGUUUGACAGGAAUGUGCUCUGUAAACUGACAGAUUCUAAUGUGUCAAACAAAGGUUAAACGUAUCACAUCAUCAUAUAAAAUCGAUACCCACACCAAAUUAAAUAGCGUUGUUUAUCAGUAGUGACAUUCGAUAGCACCGCCCAGCAAUAGCUCGCCAAUACUUGCUAUCUGUCAGUAAUAUGCUGACGGCCCUGGAUCAUCGCACGAUUCCCAUUUAUUAACGCUGCAAAGACGUCAAAUAAUGGAAACUGUUAUUUGAAUGCAACACUUCGGAAUUCAUUUUCUUCCGACAUAGUCUACUCGAAUAGUCAUCCUCAAUCUAACCUACAGGGAUUGCGGUGUCCACGCAUAAACGCGAUAGAAUAGCAAACGCGUGCACCUUUGAAAGCGUCAUUUGCAAACGUGAUUUAUAUUAUAAAUUUCCGUUGGAAAACGAGUUACGUGUUAAAUAAUUCAUGUGUGUGAUAUCAAAAGGCAAGCCAGGACAUCUCUCUGUGCUAUAGUCAGGGCACCUUCGUUUUGUGAGCUGUGUAAUUGAACUUUUCGUAUAUAGUAAUUCACCAUAAAUGGUUCACAGAUCAAUAGGUGAUAGCAUUCCGACAGGCAAUAUCUAAUCGAGAAGAAGCUAUUAUGCGGAUUUUGAAAACGAGUGAUAUCAGUUGCUUCUUCAACCAAGUUUGGAAAUCUUCUUGACCUGCAUCCAGCUUCUUUCGCUGCGUUUAGGAUAUUUUCCCUCACUUUACUCCCUCUGCUUCUGCUAGUGAACUCUCAAUUUGUCCAGUCUCUCAUAGUAAGCACAGUUUUUUCAUGAACUCCAAAUUAAGUUUUAUAGUUCUAUCUAUACAAGGAACACAUUUGUCAAAUUCUGAGAUAGGCGCAUAAAAAGUGUGCUGCUAAUUAUAUGUAAUCCGUUGAACAAAGAGUUAGCACUUGUUCACUGGAAAAUACACGCUUCGGUAAGCGUACAACUUCACUUACGGAAGGACGUCAAAACUGAGACAUGUUUAGCUCUGCACAAUUCUUGCACGCGAAUAAGUAGAAAAUAAUCAAGUGACAACACCGGUAGACAAGAUAAUACUUUAUUGCACGAAAAUAAAUAAAAUAUUGCAGUCAUAAAAUUAGGACUUUCAUGAUAUAUUGCAAACAAAAGGACAUCUUCUGUGCUGACAGUUCGACCAUCGAUUUCGAUGAUGUCCACCGUGUGCCCCACAGCAGGUUGGAACAGGGACGGUGACUUGCGCAGGGGUUUAUAGUGCCAGUAGACUUGCACUGCAUUUACCUACACUCUCUCCUCCUUUCCAGCAAGCCCGGUGUCAAGACAGAGUGAAGAAGACCGGAGACGAGGGAGGCCGCAGGUGGAUGGCUUGGACGGAUCCUCACCUUGGCGUUCCACCACACCCCCUGGUCCACACAACAAUAACCAGGAUUUCAACCAACAACAGAGAUUUGGAGGCUGGCACGGCCGAAGCCGCACCUAGGCGUGCCGCCAACGCCUGGCUCGGAUCGCACGCUGUGGUGGGAAUGUCAUAAAGGCCACAUUAAAAAGAAGCCAUUGCAGCCUGACUCUCAGACCGCCUCCCGUUAAGGAGGAGGACCAAGUUACCCCGUCAGUUGGCAACCUUCCAAGCCACGGCUUUUAGCACACCGUGAUAGCUUCAAGCGCGUCAGAUUGAUUAUAGUGAGGAAAGUGCGCUGAGUCGUCGACCUCACUCUCCCUUCCCUUUCCCACACCCCAGCCGCUGUCUGAGCCGGUCAGCAGACUAGAGUGGGGAACGGGCACCGUGGCUGCCACGGUCCACUGACCGUGACUGUGCGCGCCCCAGCACGACCUGGCCCCCCAUACACACACAAAAACCAGAAUUUCACACAACGGGGGUUGAACGGCGUGUCUCUCACUUGCGUGAGAGGGCCGUGGAAGGUGCUGCUUCAGCCCGUUCCCAGCCCACCAGUCCGCCACUCCACACAGCACACACACACACACAACGCGACGAACUGCGUGAACCGAGAGCGGGCGUAAAUCAGCAACCUUCCCAUUCACGACACUUGACGUGUCGGGAUAGUCUCGGACUCAAAUCACCCGUGCAGCCGAAGCCGCGUGGGGACCGAGUCGAGAUGCACACUUCCCACUUGCGUGGAAGGUGGCAGUUGGUGCAUGCGGUGGGCGAGUGUUGCUGUGCGUUGGUGAUGGUGAAGGAGGGUAGGGAGUGUGUGGAUGUGUGGUGUAACUGGUGGUUGUCUACCGCAGGUCGUCGUGGAUGCGCAUGUGGCCGAAUAGGCCCAUUCGGUGCCUGAAAGGGCGAGGACAGUGUGGGCAGUUGAGACGAGCUUGGUGGGUGUAGGUUGGUGCUCCAGGCACUGGUUCUCUGGUCUCUGUGCGAUGGAUUCGCAAGUGACCGACCAGGCCGAUGCGUGAGGUGAAUGUGCGUGGACAGUGUGGUCAUGUGAAGUCGGUGGUUUUAGAAUCAGCUACAAAGGUGUUGGUGGUGGCGCAGAUGGACGGUGCGAGGGUGGUGCUGGUCGUCAUGGGCGUGGUUGGCUUUUCGGAAUUGUGGUCAAUUCCACUCUCCUGGAUGCGCAUGUGGCCGAAUAGACCCAUGCGAUGCGUGAAGGUGCGAGGGCAGUGUGCGUAGUGGAGGCGAGUGCGGUGGAUGUAGGUUGGCGCUCCGUGCACUGGUUUGCCGGUCUAUGUGCGCUGAAUACGCAAGUGACCGAGCAGGCCGAUACGUGACGUGAAGGUGCGAUCGCAGUGGGGGCAGGUGUAGUCCUGAUUCUCAUUGCUGGAGUCGGGAGAGGCGGGAGUGGUGCCGGUUGUUGUGUCGCGGUUGAUGAUGUGCGCUACGACUGCCUGAGCGGCCGCCGUUGGGGCAGUGGUGGUGGAAGAGGAGGAGGAGGAGGAGGAGGAGGAGGAGGAGGAGGAGGAGGAAGAGGAGGAGGAGGAGGAAGAAGAAGAGGAGGAGGAGGAGAAGGAGGAGGAAGAGGAGGAAGAGAGGAGGAGUAUGGAAGUGGUGGUGCAGAAGAAUUGUCAGAGUUAG